CUGAAUUGUACUUUAUUUGAAAUUUGAAAAAGGUAGCAAGUUAGAGUUAAUGCCUGCCAAACGAAUUGUCCUUUUACAUAGUAUACAACUAGCGUGAAUAGAUGGCAAUUCAAUUUAAGUGAUUCUGCAGUAAAACUUUUUGGAGCUAAAUACUAUUAAAGCAUACGGAGUAUGAAUGGUUUAUUUGUCUCAGUGUACUGUCUAUUCAGACUUCAUGUCACAAAAAAUUGGACAUUGCAUACUAUUAACCACUGGGUAAUUUGUGUACAUAAUAAGAUCUAUGUACUGAUUGAAGCAUAAAUACAGCAGAAUGUUAACAUCACACAAAGCAUUUGCAUUGAGAGAGAGGGUUGUAGGAGCCAGUGAAGUUCCUUCGCAUUCCAAAGGCGGGGAGGACUGCAAAAAAAACCAUGAAGAGGUAUAUCAUGUCCCUGUUACAACUCUUUUAAUUAAUAAGAUGCAAGUAUUUCAUGUCUGCAUUUUUGUGUUCGUAUGAGGGCGAGGCUAAAAUUCACUAAAACUUGACAAGGAGGACAUAUAUAUCCAUCAACGGUAAUCAAUGACAACCUACUUAUUGUAACUCCGUCCCGCCUCCUCUGCAACCCGUGCAGCCGGCGGUAUACGAACUCUAUGCGGAGAUUCCUCUGUUCCGUCUCUUGGAGACUUCUUCAUCGAAGCCUUCAAAACAAAAAGCAGUCCCGUCCUUCUCCUUUCCUCUAGUGCAGAGAGAAUUCCAUCCAGCUCUGAGGGACGAAUGGAUUGUCAGUUGCACCAAUCCGAAGUUAUUAUAGUCUGAAGGGGCGAUCCAUAGAGUACGGUCUCUGUAAAUCCUAUCGCUGGCUGUAAUCGCAGCGACGAGAGGCAAUUCUCUCCAGUCCCCAUUUCUCCUUCCAGACUUCCUGCCUCCUGAGUUCUGACCGACGCCCACCAUCCUCGUCGACCGCCAACGCGUCUGACCACCCGCAGACUCACUCACUCACACGCUAAUUGAGACCCUGCAAUUUUCUUUCUUCAGCAACCAUUUUUUGUCUCAAUUCUCAAGGGAGACAAAUGGUAUUCAGGAGGUUUCACUUGAGUAGUCUAUUGGCAGUGGAAACUUGAGGAUGGCUGUUAUGGAUAAGGACUAUGAGGAUGCUAUUUGCAGGCGUACCAGAGCAAGGUAUUCACUUGCUGGAUUUUCUCUUGAUGAACUAGAGACAUUCCUUCAGGAAACUGAUGACGAGGAUGAUAUUCAGAAUGUUGAUGAUGAAGAAGAGUACAGAAAGUUUCUAGCAGCAGUUUUACAGGGGGUAGAGGGAAGCUCAAUCAAACCGCAAGAAAAUGAAAAUGUGGAAGAUGAGGAUGAAGACAAUGAUGCUGAUUUUGAGCUUGAAAUAGAAGAGGCAUUGGAGAGUGACCUUGAUGAAAAUCUGAAGGGUGAUAAUGUAGAGUGUGAAGCUAUUGAACAGCGGCCCAAAACUAGGCUAAGUAGGCGCCGAAAAUCUUCUAACAAACAUAAGAAGAAGGUUUCAGAAGCAUUAAGUAGGCCAUUACGCCCAAUCUUGCCAUAUUCACCGAUUCCUUCAUGCGCUCCUAUUGCUGGGAGAGGCUUGGUUCAUAGUCCAAUACCACCACUCGGUCUCCGUUCACCCACUCAUGAACUUAUUAUAAAUGGAUUUACUCCAUAUCAGAUAGGACAGCUUCACUCGUUGAUACAUGAGCAUGUUCAACUUCUAAUUCAGACAUUUUCUAUCUGUGUUCUUGACCCUGUAAGACAACACAUUGCUUCUGAUGUUCAGAAAUUGAUCUCUGAAUUACUGUGUAAGCGCAAUGAAAUGUUAGGACAAGUAAGGGCACCAUACCCGCAAUUGUGCUUCACACCUAAUUAUAUUCAUUCUUCAAUAGCUUCUGAGGUUCCAGAUACUUCUCCUUCAAGUGGACAGCUAGUACAUAGCUCAAUUGAACAGGAUGGAUGCUCACAAACUCCCCAGGGCUCCUCCUGGAUGCCUUACGUUGGUGAAAAAACAAUUUCUGUUCUUGAUGUGGCUCCUCUCAAGUUGAUAGGGAAAUUUGUAGAUGAUGUUUUAAAUGUUGUACAAGAGGGCAAGAGGAGAUCACUAGGAGCCACUGAUGAAGAUAAUGCUGAAAAUGUUCCGCUCUUUCCUGCAUGUAAUAGGCAGCAAUCUGCUGAAACAAAUUGCCAUGCUUUGUCAUCUUCAACUGCAUCAAAAAAGACAUUGGCUGCUUCACUUGUAGAAAGGGCAAAAAAGCAAUCAAUCGCACUUGUUCCAAAGCAGAUUGCUAUGUUAGCCAAGCAGUUCUACCCGUUAUUUAACCCGGUCCUGUAUCCUCAUAAGGCACCUCCUGCGGCUGUGGUGAAUCGGGUACUCUUCACUGAUGCAGAGGACAAAUUACUGGCUUUGGGAUUGAUGGAGUACAAUACUGACUGGAAGGCUAUUCAACAACGGUUUCUUCCUUGCAAAUCUAAGCAUCAGAUUUUUGUCAGGCAGAAGAACCGUUCAUCAUCUAAGGCACCUGAAAAUCCAAUAAAGGCUGUCAGAAGAAUGAAGAACUCCCCAUUGACUGCAGAAGAGUUUGCUCGAAUUGAGGAAGGUUUGAAAGUAUUUAAACUUGACUGGAUGUCAGUGUGGAAGUUUAUCGUUCCGUAUAGAGAUCCUUCUUUGCUACCUCGGCAAUGGCGUAUUGCUGCUGGAACUCAAAAGUCAUAUCGAUCAGAUGCAAUUACAAAGGAAAAAAGGCGUUUACAUGACUCACAAAAAAGAAAGUGCCAGGCUGCAACCUUGGGAAGUUUGCACCCACCAUCUCAAAAACUGGAUGAUGCUGCUGAUAAAAAUAUUGAAGAGCAGAGCAAUGCAGAUGAUGAUUGUACAGACAAAGAUGGUGAAGCAUAUGUUCAUGAGGCUUUUUUAGCAGAUACAAGUGCCGACAUUCCAACCAUCUGUGCAAAAGCUUCUUUUCCUGAUGUAGUAGUUGGUGAAAGUUGUCCUUAUCCGCAACAAGUGGUUGCUUCUGAAGUUGGAAGGGGGGCAAAUGAAAAUGGGUGUAGAGACCAUCUACCCCAAAUCAUUAACAGGCCAUCUUCCACUGAGGUAGUGUAUAUGCGUCCAUAUCGAGCUAGAAAAAGUAGCACUGCCCGUCUAGUCAGAUUAGCCCCAGAACUUCCUCCUGUUAAUCUCCCCCCUACUGCUCGUGUCAUGUCACGCUCUGACUCAAAAACCUACCAAAAUGCUUUACCACAUACAAAGGUUUCUGCUAGUGCUAAAGUUGCGAAUGCUGCAAUUGAAGUUGGGAGUAACACUGCCAAUAAUACUAGGACUCAGCUUCAUGAGGAUCCUGAAGCCAUCAGGGAAAGACACGUGGCAGAAGAAAAGGAUGGCCCUGAUCUUCAGAUGCAUCCGCUACUCUUUCGGGCUGCCAAAGACUGUAGCUCACUGUAUUGUCCAGUAAAUUCUGGUCCUGAUGCAAAUAGUUCACCCCAGCUAAAUCUAAGUUUUUGUCGCCAAACAAACAAUUCUUUUAACUUUUUGAACAAGGCUUUGAAGCCUAUUGGAAAAGUGUCUACAUCAUCUGGUCUUAGCUUUCAUCCACUUUUACAAAGAACCACUGAUGGAAAUUCUGUUGUUCAACCCUCUGCUAGUUCAGACCUACCAAGGGAAAGGCUUACUCAACCUAUUGCAAAUCGUAAUGAACAACCUGAUCUUGAAAUGCAUUGGAGUCUUUCGUCAAAAAAACAGACCACUUUCGGAAGAAGCGUUACGAGAUUGUCAAAAAGCAAUUUCGAAACUGAAGUGAAUUCUCGAAGUACUUUAAACAGAAUCAGCAGUGGCCUUGAUUCAAGUGCUCAACUGAUAGGCACAUCCUAUGAGACUGAUAUGGUAGACAAUGUUGAUGACAUAUUGGGCCAAGGAAUUGUGAUGGAGCAGGAAGAGUUGAGCGACUCUGAUGAGGAAGAAGAAAAUGUGGAAUUUGAAUGUGAGGAGAUGACAGAUUCAGAGGGAGAGGAGGUGAUACCUCAACCUAUGCAGAUCACUGGUGGACAAGCCAAGGAGAGAGGUAGAGUCUCUAGUGAUGAGGAAAACUCGGAUGAAGAUGCACCACCAGUUACACGUGGCAUUUCAAUAGCCAAUUUCUGUAACCCCUCCAAUGAUACCGUUAUGACUCAGCCAGGACCCAGUUCUUCCUCUCUUGAUUUGAAUUCAUUUCCACCUGUUUCACGAAAAACACAUCCCAAGGAUGAUACCACCAGACACAGUGUUGGUUCUGCUUGCAAAGUUCAAAAGCCCUCUGUUGGUUCCAGAAAACCUGGAGUGAAUCUUAAAACAGAAAAGAAGCCUGCAGCAGGAAACAAGCGGAAAGAGUUGAAUUCGGUUUCUUUUAUAUCCCCACCCAAACAACCAAGAAGACGUGCACGUAACACAGAUUCUAUAUCUGAGGUUGGACAUUCUAAAAAAGGAAUAGGAUCAGGCAUAGAAAGCUCAAAGAAAGACAAUGGAGUUGAAAUUACUUGAAUCUAUACAAAACUCUCUUCAAGAGAAACCUCAUUGAAAGCUCUUAGUAAAAGGAUGUCUUCAUCAGUUUAUCCUCAGAAUAUAAUGUCUAUUUUUACAAGACACUUGAGGUUCUGGGCUGGUUCUAGACAUUAGUUCCAGUGGGAUGAUUUCUGACAAUUGUUCAUAAUUUAUCUCUCAAAUGAGAGAAAGAGAACAUCCAAAAGGUUCAUGUGAAGACAAAAUUGUGUUUGGGGGCAGUGUGAACUGUGAACUCAGAGGGUAUCUUGGAAUUUUGAGCUAAAAGAAAUCCAGCUGCAUAAGCAAAGGUCUGGGUUGUUAAUAAAAAGCAAAGCUCUGGCUUUACUGUGUGAAUGCACUGCUUCGUGGUUUUGGUCCGGUCCUGUCCUGGAUCCGUUCGCCCUGAGCGAAAUUUUGUUGGACCCAAGAUCAGAACUGGUAAUUCCGGUUCCGUACUAGUUUUGGUCCCAGUUCAUAUUAAUAUUUUGGUUUUUUUUAGAUAAAAAAUGUGUAUAUUUAUAUUGUAAACAUGUAUGCAUUAUAUUGGAAUGAAUCUAUUUGUCAGAGUUAAUUACAUAUGAUGUAUAAUUUAAA